UGACGGUAUGCGUAAAUCUGAUUUGUUGUUGGCAGCGAGCUGGGCGUCCGAGAUGAUUAUAUCAAAUAAAAUAAAAAAAUUCACUGCAACUAAAACGCCAGACCCGACAAAUUACAAUUCACAUCGUAUCCACACAUCAGCUAAAGAGGAACCCGCGCCUUUUCCUCGUUGAUAAGUAGCUUUGAGAAAAACAUCUGCCAGGAUUUGCGCAGGAAAACAGCGAACUCCAAGCGAGCAACGAUGAUCUGUAUUUACCAUCAGCUCAAAAAAGGGAAACAAUACGUUUCGGGGAGAGCUCAGUGGCAAUAGAGGAUGAAAUGAGAAAGGAGUAUACUGCUUGAACUUGUUAUACAACCUCAAUCACUGGACGGAUAUUUUGUAUGUUUCUCUUACAAUUGAUUCGGGGUUCGUAGACUUCUUAAUCGCUGAAUUUAUGCAACAUUUGCAUCUAAAGGUCACGAUUUGUGUAUCAAUUGUCAACGCAGAUUAAUAGUAGAUCCUGGAGUUCGUGGUUUAUUUUUAGGGAAAGGGCCAACGCUUUGUGUGCCGAUGCCAACGGCAGAUUGCAGGUUGCUCCAUCAUGGUCGGAUCAUGAAGUGUCUGACUUUUUUACUCUUACUUCCAGAAACACUGAAAAAGUCUAAAACGACUGGGAAACACACAAGCAGGUUACCAGUAUGCUAUGAGAUUCUAACCCUGUCCCUGAAGAAGAAGAUGGCUGCAGAACUGUACCCUGCGACCAACAACGGUACUACGGUGACCGGCACUGACAAGAAAAGCAAUGUGCAGGUCACCCAGUCAACAACCACUGCAACAACACCGACCACCCAGCAAAACAUAAACAACAACAACGUCGAACCUCCGAGCUGGCAGUCCUCGCACCCCACGCUACGGGAGAGGAACGCCUUGAUGUUCAACAAUGAACUCAUGGCCGAUAUCCAUUUCAUUGUUGGUCCCUUCGGUGAAUCUAAGAAAGUGCCAGCGCACAAGUAUGUGCUGGCAGUGGGUAGCUCAGUCUUCUGUGCCAUGUUUUACGGGGAUCUUGCAGAGGAAUCGUCCGAAAUCCAUAUCCCAGAUGUAGAACCUGCUGCUUUUCUAAUUCUGCUGAAGUACAUGUACAGUGAUGCAAUAGACCUGGAGGCUGACACCGUGCUGGCCACCCUGUACGCUGCCAAGAAGUACAUUGUACCCGCCCUGGCCAAGGCCUGCGUCAGCUUCCUGGAGACUAGCCUGGAGGCCAAGAACGCCUGUGUGCUGCUGUCCCAGAGCCGUCUGUUUGAGGAGCCUGAGCUGACACGGCGCUGCUGGGAGGUGAUUGAUGCGCAGGCAGAGCUGGCCCUGGGCGCAGAGGGCUUCUGUGAGAUUGACCUGCAGACCCUGGAGAUCAUCCUGCAGAGAGAGACCCUCAACACCAAGGAGGUGGUGGUCUUUGAUGCUGUCAUGAGUUGGGCCACAGCAGAGUGUAAGAGGCAAGGACUGGGAGAAACCACCCGCAACAAGAGAUCUGUCCUGGGCAAGGCACUCUACCUGGUGCGCAUCCCCACUAUGACCCUGGAAGAGUUCGCUGAUGGGGCAGCCCAGUCAGACAUCCUGACACUGGAGGAGACGCAUGACGUCUUCCUGUGGUACACAGCGGCCACCAAGCCCAAAUUGGACUUCCCACUGGCACAGAGGCAGGGCCUGGCACCCCAGAAGUGCCACCGCUUCCAGUCGUCAGCCUACCGGAGCAACCAGUGGCGCUACAGGGGCCGCUGUGACAGCAUCCAGUUCGCAGUGGACAAGCGGAUCUUUAUUGCUGGACUGGGCCUGUACGGGUCAAGUGGUGGGAAGGCAGAGUACAGUGUCAAGAUUGAACUGAAGCGUCAACGGGUGACCCUAGCACAGAACCUGACCAAGUUUGUAUCGGACGGAUCAAGCAGUACAUUUUCUGUAUGGUUUGAAAACCCGGUUCAGGUGGAGCAGGAUGUCUUCUAUACGGUGAGUGCCGUGCUGGACGGGAAUGAGCUGAGCUAUUUCGGCCAGGAGGGCAUGACAGAGGUACAGUGUGGAAAAGUGACAUUUCAGUUCCAGUGCUCCUCAGACAGUACCAACGGGACUGGGGUGCAGGGGGGACAGAUCCCAGAGCUGGUAUUCUAUGCAUAAACUGAACUGGUCAUAACGGACAAGUAGAGGACAUAUGGACUGUACAUCCAUGUGUUUAAGCCUUCUAAAUAAUGUAGCAUUAAGACACUACGGUAUGUCACUAAACAAAAUACUAUUUUUAAGUGAAGGAAUGCUGUUAUUUAUUUUAAACGUAUUUUAAUUAUUAACUGCAAAGAGCAGUCCCUUGUAAAAAGUCGUAUUGCACAUGUGGACAGCCUCUGCAAUGUUUUUUUUUGUACAUAAAGUACGGUUAUAUGGUUUGCAGCUUGAUGCUGAUCAAUCCUGAUGUUCUGUGCGAGAGCUUAUGAACCUGCAGAAAAUCAUAAAAGUUAUGCGAGAUAAGCCACAGAUGUUGCUGCUCAUCAUUAUAUAACUCGCUUGCAUGUGUGAAAUUUGUUUGAGGGGUUAUUUUGUUGUUAGAGCACCCUCUAGGUACACAGAUGAGUGCUACAGGCAGGUUGGUAAAAGUGAUGUGGUCAACCCUUCAUGACGCCUUUGUUGGGGCAAAGUCUCUAAUUUGACCACUUUUAAUAAGUGGUAAAUAGGUUUGGUUCUUAGUAGCAAGACAACACUUAAAACAGCAUUCCUCCAAAAAAGACAUUCAACAGUAUGGUUCUUUGUUUACAAUAACACAGGGAGUAUUGCAGGGAGAUGGUAGGUACCUAUGGCGGGGGCAUUGAUGCAGAGCUCUCUGGCCAGGACCAGGAAGGUUCUACCCAGGACGUAAACAUUUACCUGAGGGAGGGAAAAGAGAAUUAAGAGCAGAAAUACAGGAGGGUAGUGCAACUUUCACUGAAACCCACCCUGUCAAGUCCACAAUGUCCUCAUAACAUGAUCCAGAGUUACUUAACAAUUGAGUAGCUCGUGAUCAAAUCUGGUCUAGUAAGUGUAACUCAAUGCUAAACUGGCGUACUAUCUAGAAAGCCCACCGAUUCUCCAGAACAGGGGCAGACUAAAGCUCUAGUUUGAUCUCCGACCAUCUCAUUCUUUCCGGCUAACGCUCCAGACCUUAGGGCAGCGUUUCCCAAACAAGUCCUGGGGCCCACCCUGGGUGCAUGCUUUGGUUCUUAACCCUAGCACUACACAGCAGAUUCAUAGCUUGAUGAGUUGAUGGCAGGUGAAUCACAAUGCCUUCCCGUGGGAGAGGAGGGCAGUGAUCACUGGCCUGGGUGGGGCACCACAAACUGUGGAUUUGUGGAAUAUCUACCCAUAGCACACUGAUCCUUGACCGGAUAGCACACUCCUACCCUUCAAAUACCAGGGGGUAGGGUCAGCUCUUCCAAGGACAGCUGAGAGCAUAAAAAUACAACUGACCAGCUGUGUCUGAGAAAUGUCCCUCCACCUUAACACUGACUUUAUACACAGAAAAAAUGUGGGCCUAUAUUUAUACAGUCCUUGGCUUUAGUUAAAAAGCUCAACAUAAUGCAUAAGCCAACUUCCAUCUUGUUGGAUGUUAUAUCAUGGUCAGUGUGGGAUUGUGUAUACUUAAAAAAUAAACAUCCUUGAUGUAUCGGACUGUUCAAUUAUAUUUCAGAAGGGGUUUUUAUUAAUAAAACAUAUUUAAAAAAGGGCUAAAUGUCAACGUCGUGGUGCAAACACUCAGCGAGUUGAAAAAAAGGAGAAAAAUUAGUGUAGGCCUACUCAUUGGAAACUCACCUGCAGGAGGUCACUGAGGUCAAGCAGCAUGUCUGUAAAGGGGGGGGGGGGUUAAAUCAAAACCACAGGAUAGUACACAAUUACAUAAUUUGGGUUUCCAUUCUCUGCAAAUGGUACAGCCAAGUGUGUUUAUUAUUUUCAAUAAAAAGUAUUUCAAACUUC